AUGCGGCAGCUGACCGAGGAGGAAGUUAAACUUGUCUUCGAGAAGCUAUCCAAGUUCGUAGGAACGAACUUGAUGCAGAUCGUUGACAACCAAGAAGAUCCCCAUGUUUUCCGCCUUCAUCGCGAGCGCGUUUUCUACAUGAGCGAGAAGGUGCUGAAGAUGGCCGGCUGCAUCCCGCGAAAGAACCUGCUGUUGGCGGGCGUUUGCAUCGGGAAGUUCACAAAGAGCCGCAAGUUCCGCCUGCAGGUGACCGCUCUCGAUCUCAUCGUGCGCCACGCCAAAUACAGGAUUUGGCUCAAGCCCGGCGGCGAACAGGCAUUCGUGUACGGAAACCACGUCAUCAAGCGCCAUAUCGGGAGAAUGACGGCUGACAUGCCGCAGAACGCGGGCGUAUGCAUUUGCUCGCUGAACAACGACCUGCCUCUGGGCUUUGGAGUCGCAGCCCGCGCGACGCAGGAUAUCCACGCCGCCGACACAGAAGCAAUAGCCGUGUACCACGUCGCGGACGUCGGCGAGUAUCUUCGCGAGGAAGCUGACCUCGUUUAA